UAAGAGAACUUUCCAGCCCUCUAGCAUGGGUUGAUGACGACGCGUAAUUUUACGUUCCACACAACUAAAGGAGUCAUUACGUUUAUUUGGUUUAUAAUCGUGCAUUUACGAUUAUUUGAGGCACCUAUCUAUUGUCUGAUAAAUUUUGAAAAACAAAAAAAAUAUGGUUUAUUAUUGUGUUAAUUCGAUUUUACUGUGCGUUAUUGUUAUUGUAGGCUGUAAAUUAGCUUCUGUUUCGACCACAGACGUCGUUACAGAUAAUUCAACGAGCUCUCAUGAUGAUCCUCAGGAGAUACAAAAAGCUGUUUGCACAGUUACAGCAGGUGAAGUGCGAGCUAGUGCAGAAGCAAUUACCACCAAGACUCUACAAGGUGUAUGCGGAUCAGCUGAAAUGAACUUGGCUCUUCGUAAUUUAGAAACUAAACUGUAUAAAGAACUUCAAGAGAUUAAAUUACUCCUUAAAGAUAUUCGAUACCAAAAAGUUGGAAUUGUUGAUACUAAAGUAAAACCAAUUAGCACUCAAGAAUUUUUGUAUACCACAAAAACUCCUAUAACCACCCCAGAAACAACUACAAUUCCACAGCCAUUAGAAGAAACAACAAUUAUUCUAAAGAAAACAAAACAACCAAAUUUGAAGUCAUUAAUUACAAAGAAUAAUCCAUUCAAAGAGAAAACAUUUUCAUAUUAUUGGAAACUUGAAAACUUCACGGAACAUAUAAAUGGUUCGACGGGGAGAGUUGAAAGUCCGGUUUUUUCAAUAAAAGGAAAACCACUUCGAAUCAAAGCAUCAUUUAAUCACCUUCGUCGAGACUUUUUAUACCUACAUCUAGUUUAUGCUGUGUUUGAGAAUCGUGAUAAAUUUACAAACAACAUUGUAUUGGAUACUGGUGGAAUAUUUAAGCAUAUCGAUGAUAAAGUACUUUUCAAUUAUAAGAUCUCAAUUUUAGAUCAAAAAAAUGGUUCAAAUGAUUUAGUAUCUCAAGAUUUUAGCACAUUGGAUAGUGGUUUUCCAAUUCCGAUGAGUGCACUUUUAUCGCCAACUUAUUCAAAAAACAAUUCAUUACUCAUUCAAAUUUCUCUGUAUUUAUGAUUUUUAUUUGAUUUUU